CGGACACAACGGCAAAUCAGACCAAUCGCAGGCGACGAAUACAUUAUCGUAAUUCCUGCUCAAUAGUUAUACAGCCACCGGCAACCGCUCUUCUUAACUUGCCCACACGCUCCUUCCCUUCCUCAUCCCCACCAUGCCCUCCGUCUUCGGCGUAUUUCCCUCAAUAACCCGCCCACCGCCCUCACCCAACAUCGACGUCGACGACUAUGACGAAGGUGACCCCCUCGAGGCCGGCACCCCCGUCAGGCCCUCACUAUCCCUAGCGAGGACCCGUUCGACAUUCACCGCGUCCUCAUCGACCAACGCGCUCGGCUCACACCUCCCAGUUGAACCAGAGUACCUCCUUCCUCACGGCGGAAUCUCCGGACGCUCCUCGUUCUUUUCCUCACCGUCCAACACACCCGUGCCUUCGCGGACAAAUUCACCACUACCCGCAUUUUACCACUCUGGUAUCUCAUCCGCUUCGCCCUCAGAUACAGACAGCGAGCCUGCCUCGCCAUUACUCAGUUCCAUGCGGAGGAGCACCUGGCGACGAGAAGAGCCAAGACGGUGGUGGACCCUCAACUCUUCUGGCUAUCGUCGACGAAGACGAGAUUCCGGUUGUAGUUUCAACUUUAGGUCACUCAAGCGGGCAUGCAGAAGAGUAAUCCGCCAUCCGUUCUUCCCUAAGCAGCCCAUUACCAUCCUCCUCACUCUUCUUCUCCUCACCCUGCUGUCCAUCUCAAUCACACUUCUCAUCAUCCAUAUCCUUAACCCUGAUAAAGAACCACUACCUUGGCGCGCUUACUGUACCUUCCCAUCUUCGUCGUCACAUCCACCAUCUCUCACCGCACCCGCCACCUCUCUCGACAUCGCCUCCCUCACAGAAGGCCCUUCAUGGUCCUCCUUCCCUCCAGAGAACCUCGAUGCGCUCCCCCCGGCCGGUAUCUUCGUCGGCGUUUUCUCUAUGGACUCUGCUUUCGAACGUCGAAUGCUCGUACGUACGACAUGGGCUAACCACCCACGCAGUCGACACGGCGCAGGUCCAGGCGAUGGAGGUGAUGGUACUUCGCGUACCACCGUACGCUUCAUCCUCGGUCAACCGCAAAAGACUUGGGAGCGUAGGAUCAGGUUAGAGAUGGAAAAAUAUAAUGACAUCAUCAUCCUCCCCGUCCCCGAAAACAUGAACGAGGGAAAGACACAUGCAUUCUUCACAUGGGCCUCAACCGAAGCUUGGGUCCCACCCGUCUACUUCGAGACUGAAGUCCCUCCUCCGCAGUUCUCCUACUCGAACCGGACAAGCGUCCCUCCCGCACUGCUCGCGGAACACGAUCCACUGCACACGAGACUGGACAGGACCUCGACGCAUCCAAAGUUCUGGGUCCGUCCGGAUUUUGUGGUCAAGGCCGACGACGACUCGUUCAUUAUGUUGGCGGAACUGGAGGCGAGACUGAGGGUCGAUCUGCAUCAGGAUCCACCGCCGAGGGUGCAUACGAACUCCGAAGGCUAUGGCUCUGCGUAUUUCGACUUUGAGAAACAGCAGCAGCAGAAGGGAUCUGGUUCGGAAAAGCGGGCCGAUUCAACCUCUUCUUCGUCCGCACUCUCGAGUCGACCAUCGUCUGCUUCGGGUUAUAUCGGCGCGGUGGAUGCGUCGACAUAUGCAUUACAGAACAACGAUCCGUUAAUCUACUGGGGGUAUCUUGUCAAGAACCGGUUCAUGGCAGGCGAGAUGUACGCGCUCAGUUGGAGUCUGGUGAAUUGGGUGGCGAGGGAUCCGGUGGUGCAGGGCAUGAAGAGAGGCGCGGAGGAUAAGCAGACGGCGAAGUGGAUGCAGCUGCAUCCGAGAGCAGAUGAGGUGCAAUGGAAAAAUGAGAGGUGUUGGAUCUAUGACCAUCCUCGGGCUGGCACGGUAUAUUCUCACGGAUUCCUCUUUCCCUCGGAGGUCGCUCGUGUCCGAAGGGGUGUCAUGUCCUGGUUCAACAGAGACAGGACCUCUACCGCCGUCGCCGCCGUACCCAGAGAUGAACAACAGCCCGCGCCCACAGCGACCUCGGCAUCAGGUUCGGCAGCCUCUUCGACCAGCGCCAAUAGCAUUCCCAUUCCAUCCGCUUGGUCGAAAUCAUCCGUGUCGCUCUUCGGCUCGAGGUAUUCCCCGCCUCUCGCAGAUUUGACGUGGAAACAAAGUGUGGAGGCGCUUGUGGAAGGGAGCGAUAUGUCGAGAUUGUUUGAAGGGAGCGUACAAACGGCCGAAGACGCCUGGAGACAGCGAGAAGGCCGUAAGGCGCGAUAUGCAGGAAAGCGUGUCGGGGGUACCGUCGUCGUGCACUUCAUCAAGAAAAAUAUGUGGUUCCUCGAGACGGCGCUGGCGCUGCUGGAGGGUGAAGAGGAGACGGAGCUGGACAGGCAGAGGAAACAGUAUCAGAAUGCGAAUGCGAAUAUGGUAACCAGUGGUCAGGGAAGAGAGAUCGUCGCGGUGGCUUCACGGACUAUAGAAGACGGUGCAGAUGAUGGUGGAGAUGACUCCGGCGACGGAGACGUGGCAAGACAGCAGCAAGGGAGGAUCCAGGGAAAGCAUCGCAGGAGGUGAUGGUGGGCUAACGGGGUUCUUUGAGCAUACCUCGUACGCCGGCCGUCUAUCCCUCUCCUCGUAUAUAUGCCGCUCUGUUUCUCUGUUUAUUUGUGAUCCUUUGGGCUGCUGAUACCCACUUCUGAUGAUGAUUACCCUUUGCUGCCUUCGUCGCUCGUCUCUAUAAAUCGUGAAAUGUGUAGUUCGCCGUUCUGACAUCGUUGUUCUUCACUUGAUGUACCAUUACCUGUAGUAUGCUUCGCUUGCUUUCCUCUUUCGUCGUCUCUCGUUCGUCCAUCCACGUUUUCCCCCUUCUUUAUUCCCUUUCUUCGUAAGUUCGUCCAUUCAUCUUUUAUACCUGCAUGCAUCGCUGCCCGCGUCUUUCUCCCAUACACCAUGUCGUCCAACAACGCUCACCGCCAGCACACUAACUCGUUUCACCCAUUCAUUUCGUCUUAUUUUUCGACAAUUCAAAUCUAACGUCCACGCCACCCAUGUCGACGGACUUUCUCUCUCCCCUCUACUCUAGUCAAUAUUCUCCUCUUCUCCCUUUCCGCUCCGCUCCUCUCCUCUCCUCUCAUCGUCGCUCUGGAAAUCAACUGGUCUUUACUUCACCCCCUCAUUCUUCUCAAAAUCUUCACCUUACAGUUUACAAUGUGAACCACUCCCGUUCCGUUCCGUCCGUCCUCGUUUCGUGUCUUAGACGUUCUAGUUGAGACUUUACACGUCUCUUUCUUCUUCUUCGUCUUCUACACUUUCUUUCACCUGUUUCCUUCGUCGUACUAUACAUUCAUCCUUCGCCUCUGAACUUUCUCAAUUCAUCGUCCCUACCUAAAACAUCUUACUUUAUUUUAUUGUCGCUUCCA